AUGGUGUACGAAAAAGCAUGCCACCUACCAGCGGAGUUAGAAAUAAAAGCUCAUUGGGCCAAGAAGUUCCUUAACUUAGACUUUACCGCAUCCAGAGAGAAGAGGAAGGUACAACUACAGGAACUUGAAGAGAUGUGCCUCAACGCAUAUGAAUCAUCCAAGCUCUACGAAGAAAGAACCAAUAGGUACCAUGAAAGAAAGAUCUUCCAUAGAGAAUUCAAGCCCGAACAACAAGUAUUGCUCUACAACUUAAGAUUAAAGUUGUUUCCCAGAAAAUUAAAAUCAAGAUGGAGUGGUCCCUUUACUGUCAAAGGCAUUAAGCCUUAUGGAGCUAUAGAAAUAGAGGACCAAUCCAAAGACCGCAGCAAGUUGGUUAAUGGCCAAAGAUUAAAUAUCUACCUUGGUGGAGAAGUCCCACAACACAUCAUAGUCAUCAAGCUCAAAGAUCCUUAG